CGAUUCUUCUUGAUCUGUCGACACUCGCGUUCAGAUUGCAACAUGUUAGUUCGGCUUUUUCAUUGAAAUUUAAUUCUUAGUUUUAUUUGAUUAAAGCAUAACGUUAAUCUUUCUUCCACAUAAUAUUUUUCAUUAAAAAGUGAUAAUUGACUACGCUGAUCGUUUCGAACUGUGAUCACACGUAAGAUGACUAUGACUGGUUCGGCAGAGGAUCACAUAGCCAAGCUGCAAACUUUGGGUCUCAGCGAGCAAAAGGCGAAAGAAACCUUGAAGAAUGCUGCCCUCAGUAAGACAAUUAUGAAGGCCCUAUCGUUCGUUCCGGCCGAUCACGUUUACGCCGAAGGGGAAGGUUUGUUGGUGUACCAAGCAUGCACCAAGAUCAAACAGCAAUCCAUUGAACAUUUGGAGUUCCUGGUGCGGAAUAUUCUGCAACGAAAGCUGGAUACGGGAAUCCGGGUUGAAGCCGCAUUGGAAUUUCUGCUGCACAACGGUACCAACAAAACUGUAAAUGUGGCCGAGUUUGAGGAGGCCUGUGGAGUGGGCGUAGUGGUCACGCCGGAGGAGAUUGACCGGGCCGUAGAAGCCGUAAUUACUCUAAACAAGGAGACGAUUAUUUCCCAACGAUACCGAUUCAAUACGGGAAAGCUUCUGGCGGAACUGCGCGGAAAACUCUUGUGGGCCGAUGGAAAAGCCAUCAAGAACGAAGUGGAUGUGCAAAUGUUCGAUUUGCUUGGUCCGAAAACGGAAGCCGAUCUUGCACCUCCGCCAAAAGCUGAGAAGAAACCGAAAGGAGAGAAGGUGGUUGUUAGCGCUCAUAAAACCGAGCAGGCAGUGUCUGCAAAAGAAGCGCUUACCGAAUCCGUAUCCGAUGGAGCGAAGUCCAUUACGGAGCUGAUGAAAUCGGUUCAUUUCCACGCUCCGGGAGAGAAUCAUAAAACCGAUGGUUAUGUGGUUACCGAUAAGACCGACAGGUUGUUGAAGGAACAUUUGAAGCGAACAGGAGGAGCCGUGCGCACUCGAUUCCCUCCGGAACCGAAUGGCAUUUUGCACAUUGGUCAUGCUAAGGCCAUUAACAUCAAUUUUGGGUACGCCAAGUCUAAAAACGGCGUCUGCUUCUUGCGUUACGAUGACACUAACCCGGAGAAGGAGGAAGAGAAGUUCUUCAUCGGAAUCAAGGACAUGGUCGAAUGGCUGGGUUAUAAGCCUUACCAAAUCACCCAUUCUUCGGACUACUUUCAACAAUUGUAUGAGUGGGCUGUACUUUUGAUUAAAAAUAACCUGGCGUACGUUUGUCAUCAAACGGCGGAUGAAAUGAAAGGAUUCAAUCCUCAACCGUCAAAGUGGCGAAACCGUCCCGUGGAGGAAAACCUCCAACUGUUCGAGGACAUGAAAAAUGGAAAGAUUGACGAAGGUGCCGCGACGCUUCGUAUGAAGAUCACUCUAGAAGAGGGAAAAAUUGACCCGGUCGCGUAUCGGAUCAAGUUUAUUCCUCAUCAUCGGACGGGAAGCGAUUGGUGCAUCUAUCCGACCUACGAUUACACGCAUUGUCUUUGCGAUAGCAUCGAAGACAUUACGCAUUCAUUGUGCACAAAGGAGUUUCAGUCCCGCCGGUCUUCCUACUAUUGGCUUUGCAAUGCGUUGGAGAUUUACUGCCCGGUGCAGUGGGAGUACGGCCGGCUGAAUGUGAACUACACGGUCGUCUCCAAGCGAAAAAUUGGCAAGCUGAUUACCGAAGGAGUCGUUGAAGAUUGGGACGAUCCAAGGCUUUUCACAUUGACCGCUUUACGGCGUCGCGGUUUUCCAUCGGAGGCCAUCAAUAACUUCUGUGCGCAGAUGGGGGUUACCGGAGCUCAAAGCUCUGUUGAUCCAUCCGCCCUGGAGGCUAGCGUACGAGAUGUUCUGAACAUAACGGCUCCGCGGGCUCUGGUCGUACUGGACCCGUUGAAGAUCACUAUCAAAAACUUCCCACACAAAGAGUCGGUGGAAAUUCAAGUUCCCAACUAUCCUAGCAAUCCUGAGAAAGGAUCCCACAGCAUUUGGCUCGACAAAGUUAUUUACAUUGAACGAUCCGACUUUUCCGAAAACCCGGAAAAAGGAUUCCGUCGUUUGACACCAUCUCAGUCGGUUGGUUUACGGUACGCUGGGUUUGUUAUAAAGGUGUCUGAUGUUAUCAAAGACGAAAACGGAGCCUUGAAGGAAUUGCACUGUGUGUGUGAUAGCAGCGAAACGACUGAAAAACCCAAAGCCUUUAUCCACUGGGUAUCUCGGCCUAACGAAAUAGAGGUCCGUUUGUACGAAAAGCUGUUCAAGCAUAAAAACCCCGAAGACGCCAAUGAAGUUCCUGGAGGAUUUUUAAGCGAUUGCAAUCAUGACUCCCUAAAAAUCGUCACAGCGUACGCCGAUGCAUCUGUUAUGAACGCUAAAAUCUACGAUAAAUACCAGUUUGAGAGAAUUGGAUACUUUUCGGCCGAUCCCGAUUCGCGCGAAGGGCAUUUAGUGUUCAACAGAACAGUAACAUUGAAGGAAGACGCCGGCAAAAACUAAUCUUUUAUGUUUGUUCAUUUAUUGCUUCAGUUCAAAUAAAGAAUAUUAUUCGGCUA